UACACUUGCAAAAUGUUGACGUUUUUAGUUUUUAUGAUAGUCGGAGGUAUAGUUUUAAAAGCGGAUGAUGAGCCCUGCGACAAUAAAAGAUGCGACCCUGAUAUUUUGCUAAAGGAGUGCCGAAAUGAUCCAACCCUCUUACUGCCACACCCUGGUGAAUGUCAGGUUUACUACGACUGUUCUGUGCUGUAUGAGAAUGUUCCAAGAUAUUUUGAGCAGCAUUUAGAGGAAUGCCGUUACCCCCUCCUGUUCUCAACGAAAACUCUGAAGUGUGAACAGCCUGAAGAUGUCGAGUGUGGAGAACGCAAGGAAUACAAAGACAGAUGUGAUUACCGAAGAGAACAGUGUGGAACUUCACAUUGUUACUGUCAACUUAGAUAUCCUAGCUGCAUCGGAAAGACUGAUGGUUUGAAUAGCUUUCCCUAUAGACCAAAUACACCAUACUAUAUCAAUUGUGAAAACCAACGUCUUAAGGGUGUUGGUUUAUGUGGGAAGGAUUCAGUUACGGGAAAGCAAAUGUUCUUUACAAAAAAUGGAUGCUUUUGA